CUCAGUGCACGGACACACCUGUUUGGAGCAGCUCUGCCUUUAUCAGCCUGGCAUCCCACAGCUCUGUCUUUAAGAUAUUUUCAGCGCGCUGCGAUGGACAGUUUGAUUGUGAGACCUGGAGGCUCUGAGGUUCUGACGAAAUGUCCUUGAGUGGCGACACAACCCAGUCUUCUCUGUCAGCGCCUGCUCUGCUCGUGCCCUUAAACAGCAGCGCCUCUCCUCACUCCCUCCCAUGGGUCCGACCCAGUCGCCCCACACCACAGCUACGGGAGGAGUGGCCCAAGAAUGACACGCGCCUUCUGGCUAACCUCUCUCUCCUCAGCCCCCACGAUGACUGCCAUAUGUCCCCCAUCCUUACCGCGUGCCUUGUGGUGUGGUACAGCGUCACUAUGGUGCUGGGGUUGGUGGGGAACAUUGGCCUCAUUUGCAUCAUCUCACGUUGUAGGGAAAAAGCCAAUGUCACCAGUAUUUUCAUCUGCAACCUGUCAUUCUCUGACAUUCUGGUGUGCGUCUUCUGCCUCCCGUUCACUGUCAUAUACACGCUCAUGGACCACUGGGUGUUUGGGGCUCUCAUGUGUCGCCUAGUACCGUUUAUCCAAUGUGUGUCUGUAACUGUGUCUGUGCUGUCAUUGGUGUUUAUUGCUUUAGAAAGACAUCAACUCAUCAUUAACCCCUCUGGAUGGAAGCCCAGUAUUCCCCAGGCCUACAUAGCAGUCAUCCUCAUCUGGAUUGUGGCCUGCUGUACAUCUACACCUUUUUUGGCCUUUCAGCUACUCAGCAAUGAACCAUACACUAAUGUACCCAUACCAAAAUCCUCCCUUCGUACUCAAGAUUCGGCUGAAACUUACAAUGUGUCUUUUAGCGACAAAAACAUAUCUGCACCACUGAAUUCAUUCCGCCACCUCUUUUCCCAUGGCACACCCUCUCCACACAUGGAGGCCUGUAUGGAGCAUUGGCCAUCCCCUAAACAGCGGCUGGCUUAUACCACAUGGCUAUUGGUGUUUCAGUACUGUGGCCCUCUUUUGUUGGUGCUGCUCUGUUAUGUCCGUGUGUUUGUGCGCCUGAGACAUCGCAAGGACAUGCUGGACCGAGUGAGGACCCCUGAGAGUCAGAGGGUCACUCAUAGUCGCAGAAUCAACAUCAUGCUGGUUGCACUCAUCACAGCCUUUGCUCUGUGCUGGCUGCCACUCACCAUCUUCAAUGUGCUGUCAGACUGGAAACAGGAGGCUCUGCCUGUGUGUCAUCACAACCUGUUGUUCUCUCUCUGCCAUCUGCUGGCCAUGUCCUCCACCUGCAUCAACCCCAUCAUUUAUGGCUUCCUCAACUCCAACUUUAGGCAGGAGGUGAGAGAUGUGAUCCUGCACUGCCGCUGGAGGCCUGUGGAGGAGUCAGAGCAUUAUCCGAUGUCAACAGUACAGAUGGAAAUGUCCCGCUCUUCUAUGCCUCAGAACUGCAGGAGCAACUCAAUUUAACUUUUGUUAUGACAAAAUAUGGGUUCUAUUAUGUUACCUUACUUAUGUAUUUGAGUAUUUUGU